AAAAUUAAAUUCAAAAAUUUCUAAAUCGGACGACGACCGCACCAGAUCUGAAGCGGGGUCGUUUUGAGGUCACCCAAUCAGUUUCUUCUUCAUUGCUUUUGCUCCCUCGCUCCCUCCCUCCCCGAGCUCUGGUGGUAGAAAAUGAGAUCUCACCAUGGUGGACGAAGACCGACGCUUCUACGUCUCGUCUGCGCCGUCGCGGUUUUCUCCGUAUUCGUCUUCGUCAUCCAGUCCUCCUUCUUCGCAGGCAAUGUCAGGAAACUGAGUGUUAACCCCGAAGAUAUCCAGAUCUUGUCAGAUUUUCAGACCAGCGUUCAACAGUGCGUGGCAAACAGGGGGUUAGGUCUAACUGCACACGUUAUUGAUCACUGCAAUUUGAUACUUAAGUUCCCGGAAGGAACUAACAGCACUUGGUACAAUGCACAGUUCAAAAUUUUUGAACCAUUGGAGUACAAGUAUAAUGUUUGUGAGGCAGUUCUCUUGUGGGAGCAGUACCGCAAUAUGACCACGGUGUUGACUAGAGAAUACCUCGACUCACGUCCUGAUGGAUGGUUGGACUAUGCAGCACAGAGAAUCGCACAACUGGGCUCGGAUAAGUGCUACAACCGCACACUAUGUGAGGAGCAUCUUAAUUUGCUCUUACCAGCAAACCCUCCUUUCCAUCCACGCCAGUUUCGUAAAUGUGCGGUUGUUGGAAACUCUGGAGAUCUCUUGAAGACAGAGUUUGGAGAAGAGAUUGAUAGUCAUGAUGCUGUUUUUCGGGACAAUGAAGCUCCUGUCAAUGAGAAAUAUGCCAAGUAUGUGGGGCUGAAAAGAGAUUUCCGGCUCGUUGUCCGUGGUGCCGCUCGUAACAUGAUUAAAAUUCUCAAUGGGUCUGAUGACGAGGUACUUAUAAUAAAAAGUGUCACCCACAGAGACUUCAAUGCAAUGAUAAAGAGUAUACCAAAUCCUGUUUAUCUUUUCCAAGGAAUUGUACUGCGCCGAGGUGCCAAAGGAACCGGGAUGAAAUCCAUAGAACUAGCAUUAUCCAUGUGCGACAUUGUUGACAUAUAUGGUUUCACUGUUGAUCCUGGAUAUACUGAGUGGACACGUUAUUUCUCCACACCGCGGAAAGGGCAUAACCCACUUCAAGGAAGAGCGUACUACCAGCUUCUAGAAUGUCUCGGUGUUAUCCGGAUCCAUUCUCCAAUGAGAUCCAAAAGGAAGCAGGACUGGACCGACGUGCCAAGUCGUGAAAUGAUAAGACGGGCUCAUGCAUCAGCUCUUCGUCUCAAGAGGAGCGAACAACAAACGGGUUGGAGCCGGGACUCGUUAGAGCAGUUUGGUAAUUGCAAGGUAUGGGGGUACUCGGACAAUAUGAAAGGACAAGUCUCGGGAUCUCCAGACAUGAGUGAUGUACGGAAGAAUUCGAAUUACAAGAAAUGGGAGGUAAUGCCGUUUAGGAGCUUAAGAAAAGAGGCUCGGGAUCACUAUACGCAAAUGGAAGGUGUAUCUCUGUACAAGAUGGACGGCAACAGAUUGGACGAUCUUGUUUGCGUGAGGCAUCCAUCGGUAACGGAGGCGUAAACGCUGUUGAAGGUAAAUUCGUUUAUGUUACCGGAGACUUGGGAAGGAGAUGAAUCGGCGGCCACCAGAGUCUGUUCCAUACAUUUUUUAAACGAAAAAUUCUGUAAAAAAAUAUAUGAAUCUGUUA